AUGGAUGCCGAAAAAGCCGCCGCGGAUGUCGCCUACCCCGUCCAACAAUUCAUCCCAAGCCAAGAUGGUCACGACACCGACCAUUCGAGCGAAGGCAUCGUAACAAGCCCAGUUCCGAAAGCAGAGGAACAGACAUACGAUGACCGAAAGGCCUGGAUCACGGUUGCUGCCUCGUCUUUGACCAUGUUCGUCUAUCUCGGCGUCAUAUACUCCUGGGGCAUCAUGCAAGUCAAGCUGGUCGAGACGACUGGCUCGAGCCUAACGACCUUGACCUUUGUUGGCUCGUUGGCGACCUCAUUCAUGAUUUGUUUCAGUAUUGCCUCCGACAAGAUCAUCUGCAGGAUUGGAUACCGCCUGGCCGCACUGAUUGGGGGAUUCUUCAUGGGGCUGGGUGAAGUCCUCGCGAGCUUUACUACUCACCAUGUUGUCGCCUUGUUCUUCCUACAUGGCCUCGUCUUUGGACUUGGUGGUGGCUUGUGUGUUUUUUCUGCCUCGACCGCUCCGAUGGGACUUUUCAAGAAGCGUAAGGCCUUGGCUAUGGGGUUCGUUUUUGGUGGUGGUAGCUUGGGCUCUGCCAUCAUGAGUGUUGUGACCAACUACCUUGUCAAGGACUUGGGUGUCUCCUGGACGUUCCGCAUUCUCGGCUUCAUUCUCUGGGGCGUCUCCAUCCCUGCGUCAUAUUUCUUGCCAAGGAAAACGACGUCGGGAAAGAAGGCCUCCCGUCAACUGCAAUGGUACCGCUUCAAGGAACCUCGCUUCCUCUUGCUCGUUGGCGGCACGGUCCUCUCUUGUUUCCCGCUCUUCAUCCCACCCUACUUUAUUCCCAUCUUUUCAAGGUCGAUGGGGUACUCCAAGGAGAUCGGCAUCGUCAUCCUCGCCUGCUGGAACUUGGCGUCUACCUUGGGCCGCAUUGUUGCUGGAUGGGUCGCAGACACUCUUCUAGGCCCUGUUGAGAGCCUGGCAAUAUGCAUGCUCUUCAUGAGCUUGAGCUCUCUCAUCGUUUGGCCCCUCUCAUCAUCAAUCGGGAUCUUCUCUGUCUAUCUCAUCUUCAACGGCAUUGGAUGCGGCGCAUUCUUCAGCCUCACGCCCAUCGCCGUCAGCGCCACCUUUGGUGGAGAGAAUACCCUCAGCAUCAUCCCUGUCGUCUGGACAACGUGGUUUUUCGGGUUCUUCUUUGGUACCCCCAUUGCUUCUGGCCUUUACUCCAUUUCCGGUGUCCAUGAUGGUCUGGAGAAAUUUCGACCUGCCGCGUACUAUGCCGGAGCAAUGGCGUUAGCAGGCUUCGCAUGUGUUUUGGGUAUUCGAUUUGCGGGCAGGAAGUAG